AUGGAGGAGGAAACUGAAACACUAAAGGCUAAAAGCAGAUCCCAGGAGGUCUUGGCACGAUUCCAAGAAGACGACGACUCGGACUUCGAUCCCCCGCCGAAAGCCAAAAAGUUGAUCACGCUCGAUGACCUCUCAAGGCAGCUAAAUCAAAUAGCGGUACCGGAUUACGCAGCGGGACCGGAUCCGUUUGCUGAGCCACCUCUGACAUUGACCCAGGAAACCCCGACGUUGACAAAGAACGGAGGCCCCGCCGUGUCCCUUCUUGCCCGGGAUGUAGAUGACCUUGACGACUUGGAGAUCCCCGAUAACUUUACAGGAAUUCUCCCAAAGCCUCUGAAUCGGGAAUAUCCGAAGCUGGUGAAUUUUGUCCGGAACGGUUCCAGUUCCAGCUACUCUGAAACAGAUGACACCCCAUUGACGGACUUGGACAUGGACUUUGAGCUAGCUGAGGUGACAGAUUUGCGGCACCGGUUUGAAGCGAAGCUCGCAAGGUUGGUGGCAGAAGCCGAGUUGGAGCUGAAGCAGUUAUAUCAGCAGUUUCGGCCUGACAGCCGGAGCUCCAGCGCCAGUGAGGACUUUUCAGACGGGUUUGAUCUCACUUCAGAGCAGGUCAAUGGUGGAAUCUUGACUGGUUUUGACGAAGAAGCACUAGGAGUCCGUUAUAUGCAUGGUAAAAGGAUUCCCAAAAAGGCCCUGCGGAGCUACCUUUCGUCCAAAAAGCCAGCCCAGGUUAAGAAGGCGGAUCUAGGGAGGUAUGGUGAUGGUACGGAGUUGGACACGAUUCCGUCGUUGCCACUUGCCUCACUCAGCAGAAAGGCAUCGCGUCAGUUCCAGGAGACGUUGAAGAAGCACCGAAAGCCAAAACUCGGCCUUUUAAGGUACAUCAAUACAGAGCCUGUGCCUAUAAGCCCCCAGUACGGCAUCCAGAUGCAAUACAACGCAAAGCUCCACAAAUGGGAGGGCAACGAACAGGAGCUUCUCCGGUUCGAGGAGCCUAGAGCAAAGAAAAAGCCGCGGAAACCGGAUUUGAUUCCGUUUGAGGGCGCAAAAGACCAACAGAUUGUUGGAAACAUGCUUUUUGACCCCCAGAGCAUGCGCUGGGUGAGUCUCACCCGCGCAGACGACGAUGUGUUUGCCGGAUUGGACGACUUGAAGGAUGUGAAGGGCUCCCUGAGUCCUAGAAAGAGCCCUCAGAAGAUCAGCUCGGACACCCGGUUAGGGCGGUCGCUCCGUAACGUCUCCAGCCGGAUGAAGUUGAACGACGACUAUGACGGGUUUCGUGUGGGAGAUGAGUUUAAGGUGCCAUCGCAGGUGGCCGAACGAUGGAAGCUGGAUGAGGCUCGCUGGGAGAAAAAGGUGCGAGGGUGGUUCGACAGUACUGACUAUGAAUACGAGUACUUGUACGAGCUCCGCAACAUGGUCAUGCGAAACUCGUAG